AUGCCACAGACGUGUGCGUCGCUUGGCAUUCCCCAACCUUUUCGGGGGAACUUCUCCUUUCUUCGACGCCUCUUCUUCUUCACAGCAGCAGCAGGCAUAGUAGGGGUGGUGCUGGCUAUCCGCGCAGAAGCUCGAGCAUGGUCAAAAGGAACUGUCACGCAUGGUCCAGCUACGGAUCCUUCCCAAUGGGAAGACCGCCUCUCCCCUGUUUCCUCCAUUCUUGUUUUUGUCGGGGCAGAUGAAGUGGCCGCUCUAAGAGAGGCACUGCCCUUUCAGUAUGCCAAUGUUACUUUGCCGGAGCAGCGCCUUGUAGCCACCAGGACGGUUGGCACCGUUUUCACGGACCAACUUUCCGAGCUGGGCAGCUCACCGUUGAAGAAACUCCGUACAACAGCCGUCCACCAAGUUGAGAGACCUCUGAAGGUCAAUGUAGAAGGACCAUAUGAAGUCCGCUGUCUUGAAGGUGGGCACUCUUUGGUUGCCAUGUGUGGCACUUUCAAAGGUGGCGUGGCCAUGUUAGUCUCCAUCGGUCAUGUUCACGUGUACGACGGCCUGUACUACGCGCAUCUGUACGUACACCGCGAAGAUGGAAGCAAACUGACAAUCCUCCCCGACUCGCUUCCCCUGGCAGCUUUAAAUCCAUUUCUGUGGGGUAACAAUCGCCCUCAAAAUGUUUCCACCUUCAGAGGAACCGCCGUCUGUCCGCAUCAAGGGGCUAAGCUUCAGGUAGUUGAGGGAUGGCCAGUCAAGGUGCCAAAGUUUGCGGACGGCCCCUGGGAGGUGACCGUCCUGGUAGAACGGUGCUUCCUCACGCCCUCAAGCGACAAAAAGCAGCACCUGCUGCAUGCAGAUCUGAAAGUUCUAAAAGUUCCUAGAGACACCGUCUUUCUUGCUGGUUUCAAACUCCAGUCUCUCCCUUUUGCCGGCUACGUGUCUCUACCCUCAAAAUACCACGGCUUAGAGGCAGCCAUCGUAAGGGAGAGGAUCAUAGGGAGGAGUUGCCUUCUCAGACGGACAGAGGCUAAGAGCAAUGUAGAACUGAAAUGUGAUGAGCUCAUCGAUGCAAAGCUUGCAUCUCUCAACAAGCUAUAUAAAGACCGUCCUCCUCUGCUCAAAACCAUAAAGGGGGUGGGCCUCUUGAUGGGCUGCUCUGUAGGCGCCUUUGCAAUUGCGGCUUUCAUGCAGCUCUUGGGCAGCAUUGAUGGAAAGCCGAUGGGAGACCCUGAAGGCUGCGUUGCAGUGGGAGCUGUUUCCGCCAUAGUCUCUAUUCUUGCUGCUCUGGUAGAUGCUCCCCGUGUCGGCUUGAAGUACUGGCGCUGGAGGGAGAAGUUCAGAAGAAAGACAGGCCGCAUCGUUGAGCAGACGGUGAAGAACUCUGCAGGAGAUCACGCUACAAAGGGGGUGUUCCUGGACUUCUUGCUCGUAGUGCCUGCUAGCGAACUUAGAAAAAAGCGGGGGUUAGAGCAGGAAGAAUCUGUGUCUCUCACACGGUCUCAAGAGCUGGCGUAUGCGGACAUUAUAGAAGUGCUGCAGCUACGUGCGGAGGCUGCAGCCCUCAAUGAUAUUCCUUUGAAAGCCAGCGAGCUGGAGAGUUUGGAUAUGCCAAAAGACAUGAAAGCGCAACUAGCGCGACAUUCAGACGAAGCUGAGCUCCUCAAAGAGGUAGCACAAAGAAGCUCUACUACUGGCUUGCGCUUCGGAGAAGACGGUAGUGUGAGAGUUCCUUCUCAUAUGGUUUUCGCACGAGUCUACCAUGCCGCGGCCGACAAAGCCACGCAAGCCGUGGAGGCUGUGGCGGGAAUUCCUGCGCAUCCAGUGUUCGCCCUCUUAUUGAGAAAGGCGCUGCUCGUCGGUCAUCACCUCUGGAGAGAGCUUAGUGAAGUACAGGGGUUCCCCAAAAUAGCUCUCCCCGCAAGCCAGCCGAUGGAUUUUGUUCCUCUGUCCCUGUGCUCUACUGUGUAUAAUCGGCUGAAGGAGUCUGGGAAGCUGCUAGGGGAUGCGCAGCUUGCGCAAGGGAUUAAGGAGAGGCUUCUAGAGAUUCAGGCAUCCGAAGAAGCUGGAUUAAAAGCGCUACUGGAGGCUAAAAUCAAGGAAGCCGUCGAUAGAUUCAUGCAAGCUCUGGCGACUGCGGAAACUGAAGGAACAGUGGGAGCGCACAGGGAGGCUUUAGAGAGUAGGCUUGAUGAGAUGAAGCGGUUUUUCGCUGCAGCAAACGUUUCCGAUGAUAUGCUGCCGCCGUCAAUCUUCACAAAGUUGAAGAACUUGGAUGAUAGUGAGAGCGAGGGCAUCGACUUCGAUAUCUCAGAGGACGGCUCUAAUAAAGAAGAAUUUAAUGAACCCUCAGCGGCUUCUGGCAGUAGGGCGGGCAAGGCCGAGGAAGGGGAGGAUGAGGAGAUUCCAAUGUUCGAUGCCGAAGAUUUCUGGAGCUAA